AUGAUUUUAAUAGUCAUUUUACUUCUCAGCUUGGCUUAUGGACUCACUGUAGAAAGAAUUCCUUCCACAAACCCACCGCCUUCCUAUCGAUCGUUUUCCUUGAUGGAAAGUUACACAAAUCAGGGUAUCAUAAUUGUAUAUGGUGGUUUUGCAGACCCUUCAAGCAUCUUUGGAGACGUUUGGCUUUUCAACACAAAAGAUGAAGUAUGAAAUAAAAUUGUUCCAUCAAACGGCGCUAUUCCAGGUAUACUCUAUUUUAGUUGGGAGGUACAAUGGUGGUUCUUUCAAAAGCAAAAACGAAGAACUUUUUUAUAUAUUUGGAGGCUUGUCAUUGACAGGCCCUUUAAAUGACUUAUGAUGCUUCCAGACACGUGGAAUUUUAUGAUAUCAAAUACAAGCGUCUGGAGAUGUCCCAUUACCGCGAUUAAGAUUUGGUUUUACUUCUUAUCAAGAUAGAGACGGAACAUUGCUAUUUGCUAUCUUUGGUGGAUUAACUGUAAAUGAUUCCGAUAACAAUCUCUAUAUGUAACAUUCCUAUAUAGAUUAAAUACAACAAGCUGGGUUUGGAAAAAAAUGCCCUCUGGAGGAAUCGUUCCGAAUAAAGUUGUAGGGCCUACAAUUAAUUAUUACAACAAUAAGAUUUAUGUUGCAGCAGGAGAAGAUGUAACAAUGAAUACUAGUAUUCAAACAUUUUUUUAUUAUGAUUUAGAUUUAAAGCAAUGAAUAAAUAUUACUUCUGAUGAAACUUAUUCGGCAAGAACUUAUCAUGGGAGCUUUAUUUAUGACAAUGCAUUGUAUUUAAUGAUGGGGUGAUCUCAAACAGUGUAUAAUCACGUUGUGGAUUGAUAUAUAUGCUUACGAAGAAUGGUCCACUAACUCCCCCCCUCUGUGAGUGAACAAAAAAAUUUUGUUCACUCAAGGAGGGGGUUUAAUUUUUUUUAUUGAAAAAAUUAUAUAUAAAUUUUAUAAAAAAAUAUUUUUUUUUCGAAAUUCAAAAAAAAUCCUAAUUGGCAAAAAUUGGAAAGCAAAUAUUAAUUUAAUUUAUAAAUUUAUGUUUUGAAAAGCAAUUCAUUUAAAAUUAAACAGAAUUAGCUCUAGAUUUCAUUAUACUAAUUAUCAUUUUAUAUAUUAAAAAACUUUUUUUCAAUAAAAAUUUUUGUAUUAAAAAAAUUUUUGUUCACUCACGGAGGGUGGGUUUUUGGGCAAAAAAAUAGCGAUCUUUCUAAUGGUUUUGUGUUCACUCACAGAGGGGUGAGUAAGGAAUCUUUUUAUUAGCCAAAUUUAUUUGGCUUGCGAAAUAGCAUGACUUGACAAAUUAUUUGCAAGUCAGCAUUGCUUGUUUUACCAAAUAAUAUCCUUGGGGUUAUUCACCGUAUACACGCAUAUAAGGUGAGCCUAAAAGAUCCUAACUAUGAUUGAAUUAAAGUAAAUUUGACUAAUGAUAUCACAGUCUCUCACUCAAACUGGAGACCCUAGUUGGGCAAGGAUGAGAUGUACCUCCCUUGUGCGUACUCAAUCCGUCCUGGAGAUGUGGCGGAUUCUACAGAAGAAGAUGACUUGACACCAGCCGUCAUCAGUUCGUUCACAAGGUGUGGACGCCGCAAAAUGGAUGAAUCCCUAGGGUCCUUGGUGACUUCGUAAAUCAAUACGGUGCUCAUCCACCUAUUAAUUAAGGUUAAGAUUAAGACUAAUGAUACCACUAACUAUUUAAAAACCUACAGCUACGGGAGUACUUUAUAUGAAAACUCAAUAUAUUUAUUUGGAGGGAAUAAAAAUCCUCCUGCAACAAAUGAAUUAGUGAUUUUUAAUAUGACAGCUUCUCCAAUAGAGCAUAGAAUAUUCGGCGACGAUCUUUCACCUUCUCCAAGAAUGUAUCACUCAAUGCAGCCAAUUGGGCAGUAUCUUUAUUUAUUUGGAGGACUUGGCGAUGGUGAAUACCCUUUAAAUGACUUCUGAGCUUUUGAUUGCAUUCGGGAAAGUUGACAUCUGGUAAGUUCACUUGGGGAUCAUCCACCUCAGAGGUUUGCAUAUGCUUCUGCAGUUGAUGGAGACUUAUUGCUAAUUUGGGGUGGAUAUGGUAGUUUAGGAUAUCUUACUCUGCUUCAUUAUAGAACUUUUUUGGGAUACUAUAAAUAUAUUAUUUAAAAAAUAAUAAGCAAUACUCACUUAUUUGUUAAAUUUACCUUCUGGGAUUUUAUUAUAGAUUUAAAACAACUUUUAUAGAAGUAUUAAUAAUUAAUAUAACCAAUUAAAAGUAUAUUAAAAUCUGAUACUCUCCAAAAGUUUUGUUUUUUGUUGUAAGUUAGUGAUGGCUAUAUAUAUGACAUAACUUCUAAUACAUGAACUUUACUUACUUAUAAUGGCGUUUCACCAAGCCCAAGACUUGGAGCAUGCGCAAGUAUGCGAGGACAAGCUAUUUAUCUUUUUGGAGGACAAACAGAAUCCGGCUUAUCUGACGAAGUUUGAUAUUAUGAUUUUACGGAAAAAACAUAUACACUCUUGGAUUCUGACAAUUUAUCUGGCCCAGGGCCAUUAGUUUUUGCAAGCUGCCGAAUAGCCAUUACACCUAGUAAGUUUAUAUAUGUAAUGCAUGGAGAAGGGCCAAAUAAUAUUGCAACCAAUGAAAUUUAUGGAUUUUCCGCAUUGACUGGAAAAUGGCUUAGAUACACUGAUAAUCCAAGUAAUUCAACUUAUAGCAGAAGAAGAGCUGCCGUUUGCAAGCCUUUUGGGAAAAUACUUAUAGCUGGAGGCAUAACUCAAGGCGGAUAUCCAAGUAAUGAUAUUUUUUAUUUUGAAACAAGUAGUAAUGAAUAUUUCAUGCUAGGUUCACUUUUUGAUAGUGUUUUCAGUCCUGCUUCAGUGUAUUUUCAAAACUAUUUUUAUAUCCACGGAGGAGGGAGUGCAAUUUCUUAUAUCUUGAGAUAUAAUGCACCUACAAAUAAAUUUAACAGGAUCCAUUUGUGGUCAUCUUGCUCAAAUAAUGUGACUUGUAGCUUCGGCUGCAGCCCUGGGAGUUAUAGAACUGAGUCAAACUGUGAAAUAUGCCCCCAAGGAACGUAUGCGGAUCAAUAUAAUAUGACUGAAUGCACAAAAUGCCCUAAAGGGAAAUACGGGCCUAACAAUGGAGCUACAUCUGCAGACAUGUGCUAUCCAUGUCAAGAAGGAACAUAUAACAAUAAAGAAGGCCAAAAGCGCUGUCUUAAUUGCCCUGCUGGAACGAUCUGUAAAGCAGGAAGUUUUUAUUAUAGUCAUGAGAUAGAAGAUUUUUCAGAUAAGUCUAUACAGCCUCCAAUCUAUUCAGUUGAUAUAGAAGAAAUAAAGAAAAAUAUCAGAAUAGCAGAAAUAGUUAUUGGACUUAUUGGUCUUGGCGUUAUUCUGAUAUUCAUUUUUGUAAAAAAAGUCAAAAAAUUUUUGAAAUAUCUCGACUUAUACGUAUCACUCCAUAAUCAUAUCAUUGAUGAUCCUAUGGUUUUAAAGCGCACUCAAAUUGGUGGAGUUUUUACAUUAGUCUUUAUAAUCGGUGCAUUUAUAAUUAUAUUUAUUUCACUGUUUCAGUAUGCUUCAAAUAACAUUUUUGAAACCAAAAACUUAGUCCCACUGGUAGUUCUUUUGCAGGAUGUAUCAGGGGUAUUUUUUAUAUAG